AUGUCUGAGAAUAUUCCCACCGAUGGCACUGGCGUGAUCGGCCUCGACCCGUGGCUCGAACCCCAUCGCGACGUCCUCAAAGCUAGGUACCAGCUCGUCGAGAAAUGGGCCAAGGACAUCAAUGAGCACGAGGGAGGCUUGGACAAGUUCAGCAAGGGCUAUGAAACAUUCGGUCUCCACGCCCAGCCAAACGGCGACAUCACAUACCGGGAAUGGGCCCCCAAUGCGAAGGAAGCGUCGCUGGUCGGUGAUUUCAGUAGGUCUGCCAUUAAUCUCAGAAAUAUUCAGAAACUAACCCUGACAGACAACUGGGACACCAAUGCCAACCCCAUGACGAGAGACAGCUUUGGAGUCUGGAAUGUAAUCGUUCCGGCCAAGGACGGCCAAGCCGCCAUCCCCCACGACAGCAAGAUCAAGAUCACAAUGGUCCUCCCUACCGGAGAGCGCAUCUACCGACUCCCCGCGUGGAUCAAGCGCGUAGUCCAGGACCUGAGCGUGUCGCCUGCAUACGACGCUGUCUUCUGGAACCCGCCCGCAGAAGAGGUCUACAAGUUCCAGAACCAGCGGCCCAAGAAGCCCGCCAGCCUGCGCAUCUACGAAGCGCACGUCGGCAUCUCAUCGCCGGAGACCAAGGUCGCCACGUACAAGGAGUUCACGAAGAACAUGCUCCCGCGCAUCAAGUACCUAGGCUACAAUGCGAUUCAGCUGAUGGCCAUCAUGGAGCAUGCGUACUACGCAAGCUUCGGAUACCAGGUCAACAACUUCUUUGCGGCGAGUAGCCGCUACGGAUCCCCGGAGGAUCUGAAGGAGCUUGUUGACACGGCCCAUAGCCUGGGUCUGGUGGUGCUGCUUGAUGUGGUGCACAGCCACGCUUCCAAGAACGUCAUUGACGGUAUCAAUGAGUUCGAUGGAACGGACCACCUCUAUUUCCAUGGUGGUGCCAAGGGUCGUCAUGAGCUGUGGGACAGUCGUCUCUUCAACUAUGGUAACCACGAGGUACUGCGGUUCCUCCUGAGUAACCUCCGUUUCUGGAUGGAGGAGUACCAGUUCGAUGGAUACCGCUUUGACGGUGUCACCAGCAUGCUUUACACACAUCACGGUAUCGGAACUGGUUUCUCCGGUGGCUACCACGAGUACUUCGGACCAGCCGUCGACGAAGAAGGCGUGACAUACCUGACUCUCGCUAACGAGAUGCUGCACAACAUCUACCCCGACGUAAUCACAGUCGCCGAAGACGUCUCCGGCAUGCCUGCCCUAUGUCUCCCCCAUGCCCUAGGCGGUGUUGGCUUCGACUACCGUCUCGCCAUGGCCGUCCCAGACAUGUACAUCAAGCUUCUGAAAGAAAGCCAAGACAGCGACUGGGACAUGGGCAAUCUCUCCUUCACCCUGACCAACCGCCGACACGGCGAGAAGACCAUCGCCUACGCCGAAAGCCACGACCAAGCCCUGGUCGGCGACAAGACCCUCAUGAUGUGGCUCUGCGACAAAGAAAUGUACACGCACAUGUCCACCCUAACCGAAUUCACCCCCAUCAUCGAACGCGGCAUGGCCCUCCACAAGAUGAUCCGUCUCGUAACCCACGCCCUAGGAGGCGAAGGCUACCUGAACUUCGAAGGCAACGAAUUCGGACAUCCCGAAUGGCUCGAUUUCCCCCGCGCAGGAAACGGCAACUCAUUCUGGUAUGCCCGUCGCCAACUAAACCUAACAGAAGACAAGUUGCUGCGGUACAAGUUCCUCAAUGAGUUCGAUCGUGGAAUGCAGCUCACUGAAGAGAAGUAUGGAUGGCUUUCUGCUCCGCAGGCAUACAUCAGUUUGAAGAACGAGUCUGACAAGGUCCUUGUCUUUGAGCGUGCGGGUCUGCUUUGGAUCUUCAAUUUCAAUCCUACGCAGAGUUUCACGGAUUAUCGUGUUGGUGUUGAUGUUGCCGGGACGUAUCGCAUUGUUCUUGAUACUGAUGAUGUGGCGUUUGGUGGGUUGGGGAGGAAUGUUAAGGAUACGCGCUUCUUUACUACUGAUCUGGAGUGGAACGGUCGGGCCAAUUUCGUGCAGGUCUAUAUUCCCACCAGAACUGCUUUGGUCCUGGCUUUGGAAAACACCCUGUGA